CUCCCCUCCCCUCCUCUCCUCCCUCCCUCCCUCCCUCCUUCCCUCCCUCCCUCCCUCCGCCCGUGCUGCGCGGCUGUGUGCUCCCCUUAUCUGACAGAUGAGCACCGCCAUGGCUUUGCCGCAACACAAGCAGGGACACCUCCGGGGGCUCCGGCGAGGCAUUGGGACCGCGAUCUGACGGCAGCCGCGACCGGAGGGGGGACGCGAGGAGAAGCCGAGACGCCCGGCUGGCUGCCCGCGGGGACAUGGUUGCAGAUUUGAUCUCUUCUGAGCUCUUUGCAGUGUCUGGAUUACUGGGCCUCUAGAAGUCUACAGACAGUUAUCAUUCAGUUCCUGGGAUUGCCCUCCUUGCUUCUCCUCAUCAUCUUCCCCUCUCCCCUUUUCCCUCCUAUAAAACUCCUAUGCAUUGUGGGAUUGCCAUGGAGCCACGGGAGACCUUAGGCAGCUCCCGGCAAAGGGGAGGCGAGGCGGAUUUCUUGCCAGCUACUGUUGCCUCUGCAAAGCCUCCACCGGCUUCCAGCUGCGCGGGGGAAACCAUAUUGCCUGCUUCAGGCUCCGGGAAAGGGAUCCCAGUGAGUGGAGAAAGGAUGGAGCCAGAGGAAGAGGACGAGCUGGGUUCUGGGAGAGAUGUGGAUUCCACUUCCAAUGCAGACAGCGAGAAAUGGGUGGCCGGGGAUGGCUUGGAGGAGCAGGAGUUUUCCAUCAAGGAAGCAAACUUCACAGAGGGGAGUUUAAAACUGAAAAUCCAGACCACCAAGAGAGCUAAGAAGCCCCCGAAGAACCUGGAGAACUAUAUCUGUCCACCCGAGAUCAAGAUCACCAUCAAGCAGUCUGGGGAUCAGAAACUCUCCAGAGCUGGGAAAAAUAGCAAAGCAGCUAAAGAGGAGGACAGAGGGCACUUCAAAAAGAAGGAAAAUGCCAAGGAGCUAGAAGGAGAGUUCGAGAAGAGAAGGUUUAAAUUCCCCGUACAGAAUCCAGUGACUAAACCCGUCAAUAAGGUUUAUGACCGGCCACAAAAGCACUCUGCUCUGCACUACGACCCAGGCCUCCAACAAGACUUCACCAGUGACACCUUAAAAUCAAAGCACCAGCAAAAAAGUAGCAACCAGCACCAUCUUGACUGGUCAGCAAGCUCUGACGCUGGAUCUGCUUCUCAGAGUUGCUUCAUCAAUACAGAAUCCAGUCGAGAAGCAACCAGUGCUACCAAGGUUCCUGCUCCGGAGCCAGUUGUUUCCUUCAGCAAGUCCCAAGCAAAGAAAUCUGGUGCAGGCAGCACGUGGGCCCAGCUGUCAACCAGUAGCAAAGAGCAUGCUGUUUGCAGUGCAGUUCCACCACCCAAUAACCUCGCCACCGCAUCCCAGCCUAGCAAUCCAUCAGAGUGCAAUGUGCUCCAUCCUCUAGUGGAUCAAGACGGACCCGGGCAAAUAGAGGCCCCAGAUCAACCCUCUGGGAACACGAAGAAGAAGUCUAGCAAAAAGGACAUAAUAACUCAAACCAUCCAAAACUCAGAUGUAGAAUGGGUGAAAAGUGCUCAGAAAGCAUUUGAGAGCAAAGCCCAUGAGAGCGUGGAAGGGAAAAAGGAAUCUUAUUCAAUGGACAGUAUGCGAGAAGCAUCACCCGCAAAGCAGAAUCCCAGUUCUGCCAACGGUUCUGAGAGUGACGCCAGUCACGUACGAAUUACUAUCCCGAUAAAGACUCCAACAGCAGAUACAUCAAGUCACAAAAGGAAAAAAAGGCAGUCUGCAAAACCUGCAGCAGACAAAAAUAUCCAGGAGAAAAGCCUGCCUUCUGGACUCCCCCUGAGCAGUGAAUUAGCAAACAGGACUAGUUCACAACCUGAGGGAAAUAAAAAAGAUUUCCGAGCCACAAAGCAAGGGAAAGUGAUUGAGAAUGAGUCCCCAUUGGUAGCUCUUGAAAGCAGUGGGAUUGCUGACAAAGCUUCCCCAAGCAGUGCGAGUAGGCUCAGAAAAUCUGCAGCUAUGAUGCCCGCUUCAGCACCCAUCGACCUUCCUCCAUCGAGCAAGUUAGCAGAGAUCCAGCACCCGAAACUCGCGGCAAAGCGGAGAUGGACCUGCAGCAAACCUAAAAACAUCCUUCGGGAAACCUCUGUGACAACGUCCGAGAAGCUGAUGGUGGAGCCUCCUUCAGCCUAUCCCAUCACUCCAUCCAGCCCUUUGUAUACCAACACAGAUAGUCUGACUGUGAUUACGCCUAUCAAGAAGAAAAGAGGACGACCAAAGAAACAGCCUUUGCUCACGGUUGAAACUAUUCACGAGGGAACCUCCACCAGCCCGGUCAGUCCGAUCAAUCGAGAAUUUCCAGGCACAAAGAAAAGGAAGCGGAGACGAAACCUGGCCAAGUUGGCCCAGAUGGUCCCAGGAGACGACAAAUCCAUCAGCGAACUGAAGUUUCACAAAAAGGUCGGGAAGCUCGGUGUGUUGGAUAAGAAAACCAUCAAGACCAUCAACAAGAUGAAGACCCUGAAGAGAAAGAACAUCCUGAAUCAGAUCUUGUCCUCCUGCUCCAGCAACAUAGCUUUGAAGACAAAAACACAGCCACCAACUAGCACAGGGGCUGCGACCAUCGAUGCCAGGUUAGGGAAGCAGAUAAAUGUCAGCAAGAGGGGGACUAUCUACAUUGGCAAAAAACGGGGCAGGAAGCCAAGAGCAGAGCUGCAGCCUCCGCCAGAAGAACCUAAGACAGCCAUCAAGCACUCAAGGCCUGUUUCUAGCCAGCCAGAAAACCCAGCAGUGCCUUCCAACUUGCAGUCACUUGUGGCAUCGUCACCAGCAGCUAUUCAUCCGCUUUCAACACAGUUAGUGGGGUCUAAUGGCAACCUUAGCCCUGCAAGCACUGAAACGAAUUUUUCCGAGUUAAAAACUAUGCCAAAUCUUCAACCCAUCAGUGCUCUUCCUACAAAAACCCAGAAAGGAAUGCACAGUGGAACUUGGAAGCUGUCCCCACCCAGGUUAAUGGCAAACUCGCCUUCCCAUCUGUGUGAAAUUGGUUCGCUGAAAGAAGUCACCUUGUCACCAGUGAGUGAGUCUCACAGCGAGGAAACCAUACCCAGCGACAGUGGGAUAGGUACAGACAACAACAGCACUUCUGACCAAGCAGAGAAAAGUUCAGAAUCCCGCAGGAGGUACUCUUUUGAUUUCUGCACCCUGGACAAUCCAGAGACCAUGCCGUCAGACACCAGCACAAAAAACAGGCAUGGUCACCGGCAGAAGCAUCUCAUCGUUGAUAACUUUCUCUCGCACGAGAGCAUUAAAAAACCAAAGCACAAGAGGAAACGGAAAAGCCUGCAGAACAGAGAUGACCUCCAGUUUCUUGCAGACCUUGAGGAGCUCAUCAACAAGUUUCAAGUGUUCAGGAUUUCCCAUAGAAGCUACACAUUUUAUCAUGAAAAUCCAUAUCCCAGCAUCUUCAGGAUUAAUUUUGAUCACUAUUACCCUGUGCCAUAUAUCCAGUAUGACCCAUUGCUCUAUCUUCGCAGGACCUCUGACAUGAAGUCUAAGAAGAAGCGUGGUAGACCUGCCAAAACCAAUGACACCAUGACAAAGGUGCCUUUUUUACAAGGGUUCGGUUACCCUAUUCCCAGUGGGAGUUACUAUGCACCCUAUGGAAUGCCUUACACAUCAAUGCCUAUGAUGAAUCUUGGUUACUACGGUCAAUAUCCAGCUCCUUUGUACCUGUCUCACACGCUCGGAGCGGCUUCUCCAUUUAUGAGACCCACGGUGCCCCCGCCCCAGUUCCAUGCAAGCUCUCAUAUGAAGAUGUCCACCACUGCCAAACACAAAGCAAAACAUGGAGUGCACUUGCAAACACCUGUGGGAAUGAGUCUUGGAGACAUGCAGUCUUCCUUGGCUCCUCCGAAGGUUGGAGCCACCAGCCUGUCUAGUGGCCGACUUCACAAAAGGAAACACAAACAUAAGCACAAGCAUAAGGAUGAGCGGAUAUUGGGGACACACGAUGAUCUGAGCGGUCUCUUUGCUAGCAAGUCCACUGGCUUUUCCAGCCACGCGAUCAACGAAAGGCUGAGCAGCUCAGACAAAGACCUCUCCUUGCUCAACGAGAAAAGCAAGCAUAAGGAGAAACAAAAGCACCAGCAUUGUGAAACCGGACACAAAGGCUCAAAGAGCAACUUUGAAGUGGAUACGCUGUCUACACUAUCACUUUCUGAUGCCCAGCAGUGGACACACAGUAAAGAUAAAAGUGACUCGAGCGGUGAUCCUGUUGACUCUUGCACGAAGAGAUACUCCAGCAACGCUGAGAGUAACGCGAGGUCAGAGUCCCUGGACAUGUUCGGUGACAUGAACUCCUCGAGUGAAAAGCGGGACAACGAUGCAAGUGGGAAUAAAAGGAGAAGCUUUGAAGGGUUUGGAACGUACAGGGAAAAAGACAUUCAGCCCUUCAGGACAAAUCGGAAGGACAGAAGCUCCUAUGAGUCGUCAGCCUCUUCAGGAAUUGCAAGUCCCCACUUGAAAGCAGACCAGGCUUCACUUCAUAGCAAAAUGGAAAGUUCUGCCUGUAACAUGAUGACCAGAAGGAAACCAGCAGCUGUUGAAAGUGUUGCAAUGCCACCAACUCCAGUAUUAUCUCUCCUACCUUCAUCAUCAGCAACAUCCGAAGCAGCGGCCAGCCCACCACUGAAGAAAAGAUUCAAGCGCCGUGAAAUCGAAGCAAUCCAGUGCGAGGUGCGCAAGAUGUGCAACUACACCAAGAUCCUGUCCACAAAAAAGAACUUGGAUCACGUGAACAAAAUCCUGAAAGCCAAGCGGCUGCAGAGACAAUCAAAGACAGGCAAUAACUUCGUCAAGAAGAGGAGAGGACGUCCCAGGAAGCAACCUCUUUCAUUCGACGAAGACUCCAGAGACCAAAUGCCCGUUCUGGAAAAAUGCAUUGACCUUCCCAGCAAAAGAGGUCAGAGACCCACACUGAAUCCUUUAAUAUUGGAACAAGCAGCCACUCAAGAUACAAUCAUGGCCACCAUCGAGGCUGUAAUACACAUGGCUCGGGAAACCCCGCCGCCUCCCCCUCCCCUACCGCCACCCCCGCCACCUCCUCCCCCACCUCCUCCCCGGACUCCCAGAGUUGGAAAGAGAAAAAACAAGCCACAGCAGCAGCAGCAUGAGGAGGAGGAGGAGGUGAAAGUGAAAAGGCAUCGGAAAGCUAGAGGAAGCGAAAGCGAAGCCCUUCCCUAGUACAGACACACUCAGUCAAAUGCCAGUACCAGGUGCUGGACGCUUCAGGACUGACACACGGUGAAGUGUGUAAGGGGUGCAGGCUCCACUUGACACCUGCUGCAGCAACAGACUCCCUCUUCUUUUCAGUAGCAUGGCAGCCGUAACCAUUCAGAGAGAAUUGACCAAUCAUCAUCAUCAUUGUUGUUGUCUUUGGCACUAGCCCUUAGGGGGAAAACGGGGACGGGGGGUGGCGGGGUGGGGGUUGUCAAAGUUAGCCAGACCAUCUGCUUUGCAGAGUUUCCAAAUCAAAUCAGCAUCUCAGCAUUGCUGUUCUCAUCCCUUGAAGUGGAAGGUCGUCUUCUCAGUAAGUAACUGAACAUUAUCUUUAGAGCUGCAUACUCGACUCUGAUUUUGUUUGGUGGGCCAGGUGAAACUAAGAGUAACCAUAUUAUAGUAGAAAUCACUGUAAAAAUAGUGUAUUUUCCUAAAUUGUGAUCUUGGUUAUGAUCUGUUUGAAUUCUUGUUUUUUUUUGUUUUUUUGUUUUUGUUUUGUUUUUGUUUUUAUAUACCUGUCGGGCCUUGGGGGCAUCAUUUAACCAAUGGCCUGAGUCCUACUAUAACUACACUUUUUUUUUUCCUCAGUUACUUGCCUAGUUACAACAACUAGCAGCACAGGCAAUAUACAAGUACAGCCUUACAUGCACACAAACACUCGUUGCGAGUGCUAUCCCAAGGAAUGAUGGAAUAGCAUAGUGUUUAACAUAAGGUGUAAAUGGAUAUUCUACUAAGCAACUUGGCAUUCUUAGUGGCACAUCAAAGGAGUCGCCAGUCAACCAAGUUGCUUUGAUGCUUGGUACAUAUCAGUAGAGAACAGCCAGAUACUUCUGGGGAAUAGAAUUAUAUAGUAAACAAGGACAAAAUCACCAAAAAAAAAGGACAGAAAAGAAAGAUAGGACCCAAACUUCUGCAACUCGGUUCUGCAACUCUCACUGAAAGCAGUGGGAAACCCAGGUACAGAACGGUUGCAGGUUUGGAUCCAAAUGGGUAACAAUGCCUUGGUAUGUUCUUUUAAAAGAGAAGAGUUAAAGUAGAUUGUUUAAAAAUACAGAAAAUAAAACCAUAUGAAAAUAGGUUAUUUCUUGGCAAUUAUUUCUUAAAAAAAAGGAAUAAGUGUUCUUAUCUGAAAAAUAAAAAAAUGUUCAAAGGGUAUCACCACUGCAAUUGUAUUAAUGCCACUUUGGACAAGUUCUCCAAGUUGUGGUUGCCUUAAACUAAAAAGAUUUUUUUUUUUUUUUGUACAUAAUGUAAGUAUAAAGAUAUCAGUCUGCAUGGAUGCAAACUGUGUGUGACAAAUCGUCUCUUUAAAUGGUCAGUUUAAAUUGUACAUUUCUCAUUCAAGUUGUACGUUAGCCAUUGAUUUUAGCUUGGAUAAAAUAUCCGAUCUCCAUUUCCACAGCCCAGUUAAAAAAAAAGAAAUUAUCUAAGACUGAACAUGAAGCUAUUCCAUUGCAGUAAUAAUGCUUUUAAAAAGUCAGCUGUUGAAAUUUGAAAUAGGUACUUUUGCCUUGAUUUUAUUUUUUUAAUUCCUCCAAGACAGUGAACACCUGGCAUGGCAAGACUGGUAUUAAAACUGGGGGAAGGAGGGUUGAGGAUAUCCCAGCUAGAGAGCAGAGAGCAGAAUUAUUUAAGCAUUCACAAGCUAACUGCUAUUCCCUUUUCCGAGGAAUCUUUGAGCUGGCGUAUUGCCAAGGAAAUUGCAAAUAGCACGACACUAAAAAAAAAAAAAAAAAAAGUCCCCACAAAUAAAGAAAGUGUUUCUUUUCUUUUAUUUAUUUACAAAAUCAUAUCAAGACUAUGGUGUUAAAGGGACACUGUAAACAUAAAACUCAUUAUUUUUAAAGACUUAUUUUUCCUAACUUCUGUUAUAGCACCUUACCUUAUUAAAGAUGAUUGCAUUUUUUAUUUUUUUUUAAUCUAGGGGCAAAUCUUGUGAUCCUAACUUAGUUAAAAUCUCAUUAAAGCUAAUGAGAGGGGCCCUGGAAUUUUGUUCCUGAUUUGUUUUGCACCAUUUAUAAUACUCAUUUGCUAUAUUUUUUUUCCUUGAUUAAUGCAGCUUAGAUAUAGACUGGUCUCCUUCAAUUACAAUCAAGUUUUCCUUUUAGUCCUUGUGAAUUGACACUGGUUCACUGGCCGCUGUCACAGUGCUGCAAAGAAUUGUUGAAAUCCCCCACACCCUAGGAAGGUUGUUUCUUAGAAUUUCAUUUAUAAUGGAGUCCUUUUUUCCUCCCCUUUGGGCCUGAAACGAGUUGACAGUAGGCACAUCUACAUGUUCAUUAAUGUGCGGUAGUUACUGUGCAUUUAGUUUAGUACGUGUUUAACAAAGUACUAACUAAACGCGCAGUACCUACAGUUACUGUGCAGUAGCAUCAGCACACGGUUUUUUGUGACGCUUACUGUGCAGUAGCCUAAUAACACUGCUCAGUAGAUUAUUAGCACAGAUUUUGACCAACACGCUACUGCGCAGUGUUAUUAGGCUACCGCGCAGUACGUGUCUUAUGUAGAUGCACCCAGUGUCUCUUUAAAUGCAAGAACAAUGUGGGUUCAAGUUGUCUGGGUACAUGAUUAAUCCAAACUACAGCAAAUAUUGAUCCGCAGUCACAACGUUCUCGUUCCCCGCUAGCAUGGGAAGUGUAGAAACUGGAGAAAAAGGCGGAAUGGGCACUAUUCUACCUUUGGGUGCGCAUCUGUAGCUUAAUCAAUGCAAAACGCAGUCUCCCUUGAGCUGUCAGAGUGUAGAGUCAACUUAUGGCUUGAGGUGCCCGAGUGGGCAUAGGUUGUGAGGUUGAGGGUUUGCCCUGAGACCUGGCCCAUUGCCCUCGUCUUAGCGACUGAAUGGAACCAAUGCAGCCCCUUUCUCAAGGAGGUAUUACCCAUCAUCCUCCCCACAUGCAGAAAGUCAUCUACACUCAAGAAUUGCAGCAUGCAACAAGCGCUCUGGAUAAGAUUAUGCAUACCAUUUGUUCUUAGAGACAUAAGAGUAGCGUUCAAAGAGUUUACGGGGACAAGCCAUCUAAGAAAGGUGGACUGUGACUCACCUGACCCAAGGUUUCUUUUCCACAGUGGGAGCCUGCAAAGGAACAUGCUAGGAGGCAAGGAUAUUAUGAUCCAGCGGGGGUUGUUUGUCCAAAUGACAGCACAAUGCAGCAGAUUUUGUCUGACAGGCAGAUUAGCAUGUUAAUUUGUAUGAAAGCAGGCUGAAAAUAUUGUUAGAUGGCACUCAGAAUUUGUCUUCUGCAUGUUGCAUAGUCUAUAAAUAUGAUAAGCAAGUUGCUGACAGAAUAAUAUUAUAAGGCGAUGUACUACAUGCAGAUCAUAAAGGAUUUAGUUUUAGGGCUUAAGGCUAAAAUCCCACUCCUGCAGUUUAUUACCCAACAAUAUUCCAGUAAUGAGCUUUUUGAUAUUUUUUUUUCCCCAGCCCACUAUGAAGAUUUACUGAGGAGCUGUCUAGAGUCUCACAACACAUUUCUAAGGACUGACUGUAUAAAACAAGGAAAAAGAGGACGCUGGUGGGAGGAGGGAGAAAUAGCUUGUGUCACAGAAAAUGUCAGCUAUCAAUUGCCAGUUCCACGAGCCCUUCCACGUUACAUUUUCUGUGAAAUUUCUUACAUGCUUUGGGGCACGUAGAAAAAACCGACAACAGUAAUAAUACUGGGUUAUUCAACAGCACGGCCCAUUAUACCCCCAGUGGACAAUAGUAUUUCAGACCAUUGAUGUAGACUACUGUGUUUGUAUGGUGAUAUUGUUUGUACAGCACCUAGAACAAUGCUGUCCUGGCCCAUGACUGAGGCUCUCAAGUGCUACAGCAAUACAAACAAUAAUGAAUAAUAAUUCGUGUUCUAUGUAUGAGGAUCUCCCCAACUCUUAUUUUCACAGGCCCUGAUCCAGGAAAGCGAUAAAGCACGUCUAAGUAGUAUUUUUGUUGGGGAAAAAAAGGGUAGGGGGGAUGCUUUCCUGGAUGGGGAAAACCAAGAUGCAAUGCCUCUUCCUUCCAUCUCAUCCAAAAUCUGGGGUGCAGCAGUUCUGAGACAAUUAGAAGCACAUUUCAACAAAGGAAACAUAUCUGAGAUCUCCUUAUGAUGCCUGACUAGGUUGUAUAAAACACUAAAUAGAAAACGGGAAAAAAAGAAAAAAAAAGAAAAAAAAAGCGAAAAAAAAUCGUAAAAAACCUGAGAAGAGCUGCCAAUUGGACAACAUGGGGAAGCAGUUCAGUCCCAUGUUGGUUUGUUUUACUUUCCUUUUUCUUUAUUUUUUUAAUCUAUUUCUUAAAUAAUAAAUGCACAUGAAGUGUUAAAUAUGUAUAUACUGUAUUUCAAAAAAAAAUUAAAAAAAUCAAACGAAUGGGGCACAAGAUUGUUCUAUAAGUCGUGCUGGCUAAUUUUUAGUUUGUAUUCAUAAGUGGUUUUUAAAAGCCUUUUUUAAAGUGUAAUUUGCAUGUUCUACUUUGAUUGUAUGUAAACAUAUUUUAGAGCAAAAAAUGUAUUUGUAUUUUAUUGAAUAUAGAGGCAAGAAAAAAAAACUUGUACAUUGUUUGAAAUGUUCUUUUUGUAACAGUUUUUAUUCAUGAAGCAUUUUUGUACAUUUAAAAAUGGAUAUGGACUUGAUGUUAUUUGAGGCUUAGAUACAUCUGGCAUGCUUUAAUGUCAUGCUCCUUCAUGAUCUUAGAUGUUGGUUUUUAAACAUUUUUUUCUAAAACAAAGCUCAGUCUUUUCGCUACCAAAUCAGGUUAGCACAGUAUAGAGCACUUAACUAAAAAAGAAAAAAAAAAAAGUUAAUCCUAUUCAUAUGUUAUUCAUUGUGUGAAAUUAAAGGAAUUCAAUUCAGUCUAA